AUGGAAAAAGCCGCAACAUUCGCGCCAAUUCAAAACACUUCGUCCGCCAACAUGACUGAUCCAGUGCCAGAGUCUGGUUGUUUCCACGACGAUGCAUCUGCGAUCAAAUUUGCUCGUAUUCUUCCAUAUAUCCUCAUAAUUGCAAUCUCCUUGAUUGGAAACUCGAUGGUGGUUGCCGUUGUUUUCAAAAAUCAGCGCAUGUGGACAACGGUGAAUUUUUACAUUGUCAACAUGGCCGUUGCAGAUCUUAUAAUUACACUCUAUAUGCCCAGAAUGUUCACGAUGGCUUUUGAGGGAUUCGAAUGGGUCGUUGGUGGAAUAACCGGUGAGAUCUUUUGUAAAAUGUCCAUCCUUCUCAAUCAGGUUCCGAUGAUAGUUUCCAUCUUCACUGUGGUUGCCAUAAGCUUCGAUCGUUUCAAUGCAGUGGUCUUCCCGUUAAAACCUUUAGUUUCCACGCGAAUCUGUAAAGUGAUCAUCCUUUGCACAUGGCUGGUCGCAGUAGCGUUUCGUAUUCCAACCAUAUACGCAGUGGAAAUCAUCACAAGCGAAUCAGACGGCAAACCCUAUUGUAACCUUAAACUAGACGAGAAAUUCGGUAAAGGGGUUAAGAGAAUUUACUAUCACUUUAACAUGAUAGCCAUAUUUUCUGUUCCUCUUUUAAUGAUCGUUAUCUUCUACACCACAAUUAUUGUGACACUAAAGCGAAGAAAAACACCUGGGCUCACUCCAGAAAAUUCGUCCAACAGCGGUGAAGGAUUCCGACGCAGAGAAGUUGUUAAAAAGAAGGUUCUUCGCUUGGUUUCCAUCGUGGUUACCGCUUUUGUACUCUGCUGGUUUCUUUACUAUGUCAGACUUUCUAUGUAUGCUUAUGGUCGUGACCUCUCAUGUGAUUGGUUGUACGUUCGUCUUCUUUUAGCUCACAUGAACAGCGCGCUAAAUCCAUGUUUGUACGCAAUUUUUAGUGAAAACUACCGCAGAGGGUUUAAAAAGAUCCUAGCUAGAGCUAACUUCUGUAAAAGACGUUCGCAAAGAGAAGAUUCGCUAAGAUCCGUUAGGUGGCACGGAGCUUGGGACAGCAACGGAAGUAUCAGCAUACGAAUUGAGCAGGAAAUUCAAAAAUUAUCCUCUCUGUAA